GAGUUAUCUACCUUGAUAUCUCCGAUGAGAAAUAAUAGACACAGCUGUUGCAAAAUAUAGUUUUUAACUUCCGGUGUGCAAGUCAUCGAAGAAAGAAGGUACGGUUUAACUACAAACAAGACAUGUUUGCCACACCAGAUCAUCUACACAUGUCACAGUUUGGAGCGGGAAAGGAAACUCCCUUCUCUCCUUAUGACGACAAUGGAGGGACAGUACUAGCAAUUGCUGGUGAAGAUUUUGCUGUUAUAGCAUCAGAUACCCGUCUUAGUCAGGGCUACUCCAUUUUGUCUCGUGACACUCCCAGAAUAAAUGAGCUAACUGGGACAACUGUGGUUGGCAGCUGUGGUUUUCAUGGUGAUGUUCUCACUCUGACUAAAGUGUUACAGGCCAGACUCAUGAUGUUUGAACAGUUACACAACAAAGAAAUGGAUACAUCUUCUGUGGCAGCCAUGCUCUCUACUAUUUUAUAUUACCGGCGUUUUUUCCCUUAUUAUGUUUACAACAUUGUGGCUGGUCUAGAUGCUGAAGGUAAAGGAUGUGUGUUUAGCUUUGACCCAGUGGGAUCUUACGAAAGAGAAACAUAUCGUGCUGGAGGCUCAGCAAGUGCUAUGCUUCAGCCUUUACUGGAUAAUCAGAUUGGCUUUAAGAACCAGACAGGAGUCAGUCAGGUCCCGCUGUCCCAAGAAAAAGCAGUGGCACUGGUGCGAGACGUGUUCACUUCAGCUGCAGAGCGAGACAUCCACACUGGAGAUAGUGUUGUCAUAAAUGUCAUCUCUAAAACUGGCAUCACCACUGAAAGAUACCCACUCAGACGUGACUAGUUGAUUCAUGAUUUCAGCUUUUAGGUUUUGGUAGGAGCAUUUCCUUAUUGCUCUGUGGCAAGACUAGGUUAAGUUUAAAAACAAAUUGAACUUUUUUUUUUGAUUUGAUAAAUUUAAACAAUACUAGUUGUUUGGUAGUUUGGUUUAGCUGGUUUGGCAUUUAAGCUAGACCUUAUAUGUGUUGCAGAUCUAACAUUUAAAGUGCAGGCUUUUGUUCUUUUACAGGACCAUAUUUAUGUUUCACAAUCUCUGCAUAAAAAAUUUCAUUUGUAUGUUUGCAACACUUCACCUGGUAUCAUCAUAUUAUAAUUUUCCUGGAGUAGUGAAGACUGAAUCCAUUGCAUGAUAAUUAAGAGAGAAGAUAAUACAUUUCAAAAAUGUUGAUUUCAUUUCCAUCUGCAGAAUUGUGUGACAUUAAAAGGACAUUUUUGAA